GCAGCGCUGCGAGGUCUCCUCUUCCUUGUCAUGGCGUUAGCCCUUUGCUUCUUUUCAAAGACAGUAGUUGCAGAUACAGGGACUGCAACCUACUAUACUCCUCCAUACGUUCCUUCCUCUUGCAAUGGUUUUCAAGAUGAUGGGGUGAUGAUUGCGGCAGCGAGUGAUGCAAUCUGGGACAACCGCGGCGCUUGUGGAAGGAAUUAUGAGGUCAAAUGCGAGGGUGCAACCAACGCUGGGGACCCUCACCCUUGCCGGGGUGAUCAAUCCGUGGUCGUGAAGAUCGUCGACUACUGCCCACCUGGCUGUCGAGGCACCAUCGACUUGUCUCAAGAAGCUUUUGCGUCCAUUGCUGAUCCAGAUGCAGGGAAAAUAAAAAUAUCCUUCCAACAAGUAUGAAGUUCAUGGAUGUACUGAAUGCAAUCGGAUAUGCAUGGAUACUUAAUUAGAAGAUCGAUUGCAUGUGGAGUAUCAUCCUUGUUAAUAAAGGUUGUUUGAAGUGGUGGUGUUUGUGUUUU